AUGGCGGCCCUGGUCUUCUUGCGCAUUCUCCCUCUUCUGACCACUUCGUCCUGUCUCACCUUCGCCGUGGCCUCGGACCUGUACUUCAAGCCCUACCUCAGCUCCUCGGUCAAAGAUGUCGCUGAUCUCUCACUUCCAUCAUACAUAACUGAGUGGUAUACCUGGGGGAUGGCCCUCAUUUUCAUCAUCUAUCCAUUGGCCUGGUGUACCGCGAUCGCAAAUCUGCCCGUCGCAGAUCUGCUGCACACCAGCAUCGCCGCGUUCGUGCUGUACCUCUUGGGGCUGGUUUUCAGCAUUGGUCAUAUGCUCUGGGGGCCCCAUGCAAUUUCGUUAUUGAACUCGAUCAAAGUCCAGCAUGGCACGGGGAGCACGGAGAUUGUGCGUCGAUGGUGUCGGUUGAAUUUAAUUCGGGGCGCUUUGGCCGAUGCACCCGCCUGGGGGUGCUUUCUGGCGGGAUUCCUGGUCUGGGAUAGUGCACGCUAG